AUGGCUACCACCAACGAAAUUCCUGCUGUCGACAUUAACAGCUACGACUAUAUCGUAGUGGGUGGCGGUACUGCCGGCUGUGUCAUUGCGGCACGCCUGGCUCAGUACCUCCCCAAUAAGCGGACUCUGGUCAUUGAAGGUGGCCCGAGUGACUUCAUGGAUGACCGUGUGCUCAACUUGAAGGAGUGGCUGAAUCUCCUUGGCGGUGAGCUCGACUACGACUACGGUACUGUCGAGCAGCCUAACGGCAACAGUCACAUCCGUCACUCUCGCGCCAAGGUGCUGGGUGGUUGCUCUAGCCAUAACACGCUGAUCUCGUUCCGUCCCUUCGAGUAUGACUGCAAGAAAUGGGUUGCCAAGGGCUGCAAGGGCUGGGACUUUGAGACCUUCACCCGUAUCAUUGAUGGCCUGCGCAACACUAUUCAGCCGGUGCAUGCUCGUCACCGCAACCAGCUGUGCAAGGAUUGGGUUCAGGCCUGUUCCAGUGCCAUGAAAAUCCCCGUCAUUGAGAACUUCAACGACGAUAUUCGCAAGAACGGUGAGCUGACCGAGGGUGUCGGCUUCUUCAACGUUUCCUACAAUCCAGAUGACGGCCGUCGAAGCAGUGCCAGUGUGGCUUACAUCCACCCUAUCCUGCGCGGUGAGGAAAAGCGUCCUAACCUGACCAUUCUCACCAACGCCUGGGUCUCCAAGCUCAACAUUGAGGGUGACGUCGUCACUGGUGUCAACGUUACCCUGCAGUCCGGUGUGACCCAUAUCUUGCGUGCUAAAAAGGAGACCAUUCUUUGCGCCGGUGCCGUCGACACGCCCCGUCUGAUGAUGCUGUCAGGCCUGGGUCCCCGUGAGCAGCUAUCUGCUCUGAACAUCCCUGUCAUUAAGGACAUUCCCGGUGUCGGUGAGAACCUGCUUGAUCACCCCGAGUCGAUCAUCAUGUGGGAGCUCAACCAGCCCGUUCCCCCGAACCAAACCACCAUGGACUCUGAUGCCGGUAUAUUCCUGCGCCGUGAGCUUCCCAACGCCGCCGGCUCCGACGGCCGUGCCGCCGACUUGAUGAUGCACUGCUACCAGAUUCCCUUCACCCUUAACACCGCUCGUCUGGGAUACGACGAGCCCAUCAAUGCCUUCUGCAUGACCCCUAACAUCCCUCGUCCCCGCUCCCGUGGUCGUCUGUAUCUCACCUCCUCCGACCCCUCUGUGAAACCCGCUCUAGAUUUCCGCUACUUCACCGAUCCCGAGGGCUACGACGCCGCCACCAUUGUGGCCGGUCUCAAGGCUGCCCGUGAGAUCGCCCAACAGGCUCCCUUCAAGAACUGGAUCAAGCGCGAGGUCGCCCCCGGUCCCAAGAUCCAGACUGACGAGGAGUUGUCCGAGUACGGCCGCCGCGUGGCUCACACCGUUUACCACCCGGCCGGUACCACCAAGAUGGGUGACGUUAUUCGUGACCCUCUGGCCGUUGUGGACCACGAGUUGAAGGUCCGUGGCCUGAAGGGUGUUCGUAUCGCGGACGCCGGUGUGUUCCCCGACAUUCCCAGCAUCAACCCUAUGGUCACGGUCCUGGCCGUUGGUGAGCGUGCCGCCGAGAUGAUCGCCGAGGAGGCCGGCUGGUCUCGCUCGCAGCCCCGCCUGUAA